AUGGAUUUAAUACAUCGACUGCAUUAUCUCGUAUUGUCCCAAAAAUCUGAUCUCAUGACCAUGGAAAGAGAAAAGAGAAUGCGUAUGCGGCGACAAUCCAGCCUGCCUGAAUACAGCAGGGCACAAAAAACUCGACAUCGUUUGGAGCAAGCAUUUUUAAAUGAUAGAGAAUUGUUCGCGGCGAAGGCGGACAGUGGCGCGGCAGCAGCCGAUCGCAAACUCUCGUCUUCAUCAGCUGGAAGCAUGAAGAAUAAGUGGUUGAAGGCCUUUCGCAGCUUGAAGCCGCCCAGUGCUCCACCACCGCACCCCGGUCCACAAGACAAAAAAAAUCAAAUGUACCACGCGGUGUCAACAGUUAUGGCCAUGAGGAGGAAUGGUGCAGCCCGCGAUGCUAUGCGUUCUGGUGGUGAAUCGGAGGCUCACAACUUCCAAGAAUAUACAUACAAGAAAAUAACGCCUUGUGAUAUAUGCUCUCAAGUUCUACGAGGGCACACCCGACAAGGAUUACGUUGUCGUAUUUGUAAAAUGAACGUGCACACAGACUGCAUGCCGCAAGUCGGCAAGUGCCAGACUAAGUCAAAGCUCCUUCGUAGGCAGAAAAGCACUUCCGAAAUUGAGUCGCACAGAGUCCAAGAAACCGCUUUCGAAGAAGAAAAAUCGGAAGAAACAACUACGCGACCAUUUGGACAACCCCUAUGUUUUGUUAAAGAGAACGGCGAUCCGCCGCCUUCUAUUCUCAAGCCAACGGCCAGCUUUCGGAAGAAAAAAUGA